GGCCCGUGCCUGGGGGCAGCCGACGGAGCAGACGGGCGGACGCCUAGGAAAACCGGGAAGUAAGUCGGUCCCCUCUAGCUGUGUUCAGCAAGACGCUGAACUUCUCCAGGCUUCUAGGGUCCGCAUCUGUAAAAUGGGGCUAUUCCAAUGCCUAGGAGUUACGAGCCCUCUGGGGAAGGCGGUCGCUUACUCCCAGCUCCGCUAAACCGCCUUGCUGCAGCAGUCCUGAGCCUCCAUCUAAUUCCCUCCACCCUCUUCCUUCCUGCCAGUCCACUCGUGAGAGUGGUCUCGAGACAGGGAGGGAGGAAGAAGAGGAGCAGGAGGAGCAGCAGCAGCAGCACCAGCACCAGCAGAGUUAACACAGGGGCGGAGGAGACAGAGAAGAUGGGGCGGAGAAAAGCGAGCUUGGAACGCGGCUUUCUUAACGGACAGUUAGGACCGGCCAAUCGUUUUUAAGAGCUCCUCCCUCUCUCCCGCGGAUCCGCCAAUGAGAGCUACCGGAAGGCGGGAUUUCCGUCUCUCCUCCGUGUUGUCGUCUCUUCUCGGGUUUCUCCGCCGUUGGAUCCGCAGAGCGAGCUCCGGGGUCAUGGACGUCGCUUAGGGUUUCUAGCCGCUACUAAGGAGGGACUCGGGACGAAUUCGUUCUUCGCUGGGAGGGUCCACCGCCUACUCCCGGCCCCUCCUCUCUCAGGUGGUUAAGAUGCUGUUAUCCAUAGGGAUGUUAAUGUUGUCAGCCACGCAGAUAUAUACUAUUUUGACUGUCCAACUGUUUGCAUUCUUUAACCUGCUACCUGUGGAGGCAGAUAUUUUAGCGUAUAAUUUUGAAAAUGUAUCACAGACAUUUGAUGACCUUCCAGCAAGAUUUGGUUACAGACUUCCAGCUGAAGGUUUAAAGGGAUUUCUGAUAAACUCAAAACCAGAGAAUGCCUGUGAACCCAUAGCACCUCCACCACUGAAAGACAACUCCUCCAGUGCCUUCAUUGUGUUAAUUAGAAGACUUGAUUGUAAUUUUGACAUUAAGGUUUUACAUGCACAGAAAGCUGGAUUUAAAGCAGCCAUAGUACACAAUGUUGAUUCUGAUGACCUAAUUAGCAUGGGAUCCAACGACAUUGGCAUUUUAAAGAAGAUUGACAUUCCUUCUGUCUUUAUUGGUGAGGCAUCAGCUAAUUCACUUAAAGAUGAAUUCACAUAUGAAAAAGGAGGCCAUAUUGUUUUGGUUCCAGAGUUUAGCCUUCCUCUAGAAUACUACCUAAUACCAUUCCUCAUCAUAGUUGGCAUAUGCCUCAUCUUGAUUGUCAUCUUCAUGAUCACAAAAUUUGUGCAAGACAGACAUAGAGCCAGAAGGAAUAGACUACGUAAAGAUCAACUUAAGAAACUCCCUAUACAUAAAUUCAAGAAAGGAGAUGAAUAUGACGUAUGUGCCAUUUGCCUAGAUGAAUAUGAAGAUGGAGACAAACUCAGAAUCCUUCCUUGUUCUCAUGCGUAUCACUGCAAGUGUGUGGAUCCUUGGCUAACUAAAACCAAGAAAACUUGCCCAGUAUGUAAACAGAAAGUUGUUCCUUCUCAAGGAGAUUCAGACUCUGACACGGAUAGUAGUCAAGAAGAGAAUGAAGUCUCAGAACAUACCCCUUUACUUAGACCAUUAGCUUCCGUUAGUGCCCAGUCGUUUGGGGCUUUAUCGGAAUCUCAUUCCCAUCAGAAUAUGACAGAAUCUUCAGACUAUGAGGAGGAGGAUGACAAUGAAGAUAUUGAUAGUAGUGAUGCAGAAAAUGAAAUGAAUGAAGAGAGUGUGAUUGUCCAAUUGCAGCCUAAUGGUGAAAGGGAUUACAACAUAGCAAAUACGGUUUGAACUUAAAAUUCUAUUCAUCUUCAUACCUUAUAUGAAAAUAUUUGUUGAUCAGCUUAUCCCUUUAUGUGUAUUUUAGUAUAUACUUUCAUUGUCCAUUCCCCCUUCAGUUAUUUCUAUAAGAGAGGCCUUUUUGUGUAUUCUAUGGUUUAAUCAGAUUACCUUUUUUUUUUUUAAUAUCAGGUAUUCAUCCACAAGAAGCACACUUCUUGUAACUGAAGCAUAACAUUAUCAAGGUGCUGGACCUUAAGCAUCAUUCUCUUUUUAGAAUGGAAUAUAGCCAAAAAGAAAAGCCACUAUAAGUACGGUUUCUAGUGAAGGCUAGAUAUAUUUAUUACCAUGAUGAAUUCUGCUGCCACACCAUGCAUGGCCUAGCCCAAUUUCCCAGAAUUUUUGGUGUCAACUUGUGGGUUCCCCCUAAGCUGCCAGCAUUAUCGACAGGUUAGGCUAUUCAGUAUAUUUCUCAUGGAUACUACAAAAUGAAAAAGAAAUACUCAGUAAAAGAAUUUUCUUUCAUAUUUGCAAAUAGUAUUUUAUGCCAGAAAGAUAGCGGUUUGUGGUAGAGUGCAGAAAAUCUCAAAAUUAAGAUGGUUCUUAUAUUUAAUAGUUAGUGUUGAAUAUUAGUUUGAUCCAGCAGCUAGCUAAACUAAUAUGGCCCUACUUUUAUAUUGACUUAAUUUUCAGGACUAAAGGGGUAUUUGUGUGACCAAAGCAAAAAGAUAAGCAGCACUGCAUAGAAAUACUAAUUAAAUUUUUAUCAAAAGUUUGGUUGAUCUUCUGAUCAUAUACCUCUUAAUAAAGAGCAUCUUAUGCUAAUCUCCUAAACUAUGUACAAAGAGAAAAUUUUUUCAAGUAUUUGAUUUGAAAAUGAGUGCUUAUAUUUAACAGAACUCAUGAUGUACUUUAACAAUGUAUUAUGAAAAGCUAAAUUAUAAAUAUAUAUGCCAUUGUAACUAUGUAGAAAGAAGUUAGACUCAUGUAUAAUGAAAAUAAGAUAAUUUUUUAUGGCCUUGUAUGAGGGAAGUUUGAAAGUUAAUAAACAUGUUUUCCACUUUAA